AUGGCUCCCCAAUUGCAUGCAACACGGCGUAGGAUAAUGAUCAGCCGGUCACCGGGGACGGUUGAAUCUAGAACUAGCAGUGCCGAAUGCUUGGCCAAAGACCCUGCUUUGCGAACUUCUCCGAAUCCGACCGUUUCCGUGUCUGUACAGGACACUAUGGCCAGAAUCAGAAGAACAUCAAGGCAGUGUAGCUCCAAAGGAGUUUUCUACCAUUCGGAUGGGUCGACUGUUUUUUCAGACGGCUCAAUAAGAGUGCCUCGAAGUGAGCUGUCGGAACACCCUGACAGCCCUUCCUAUCUUCCUCCUACCCCCACUUAUUACCAUUCGCCCACAUCUAGUGGAACUCCCAGUGAUGGAAUCCUGGGGGAGGCGGAUGAAGAAUAUCAACCCUGGCCUUCUGGACAGGCGCCGGAAGAGAGUCUAGGGGAGGACCCCGCUGGCACCAGUCAGCGGUCCCCUAGUUCUGAUGAGAGCUCUGGUGACGAGUCGGCCUCGUCAUCUUCUACAGAGAAUGCCUCCGUAACUUCAGAGGAGGCUAGAUCAAACAUAGAUUCCGCCAAAGAGUCCCUGGCAGUGGAUAGGGGGGAAAGCUGGGCCGAGCCGAACAAAGCAAUGGAAAAGCUCUCGGCCACAAGGAAGCCGGCUUUAUCUGCUACUCGAUACAGUUCGAAUGUCCUAAACAGGGCAGAAGUAACCACUCACACCAAAGUGGACGAGCAGAAAACUGGCGGCACCUCUAAGGGUGCGCCUUCCAAAUCUCCUUCAAAACAAUCUGACCCUAAAAUCCAAAACACCAGGGUGGGUGAUGUGAGCGCAUCCGGCAAGGGCGGCCGGAAGCACAUUGCUCAUAAGCCCAAGAAGGGCCCAGACGCCUCUUCUCUGGAAGCUGAAAAGGAGAUCAGCAAACCGGAUGCCCAGAGGACAUCUAAGGGUGGCUUUAAGCAACCCACCACUACUGUCGGCUCAGCAGGAGAGAAGAGGAGCCUGGGGAGAGAAGAGGAAAAGAAGGACGACGUUCCUGUGCAGAGGUCGACUGUAGUCCAGAUGGCCAAGUCCAUGCUGAGGGCGGUUUAUCCUGACGACAAGGCGUCUGUCAGAGGAGUCGGCACCCUUGACUUGGAUGGCAUCUUGGGGAACCUUUGCGAGGCCAUGCUGCGCGUCCAAGGGCUCAGGCAACCCCUCAAGGAGAAAUCCAAAGAGGUAAUAGUCGCUAAAGCUCGGGCCGAGUCCGCCUUGGAUCAGGCUCAAUUUGAUAUUGCUCAGAAUGAGUAUCUGACGCUUGAUAUGAUGUAUUCGCAGGCGGAAGCCAAUAUGCAGGUGAAGAAGGACCUGGACUCGGCCCGCCUACGCAUCCCUUCCCUUAAGAAAGAGAUUAAAACUCUUAAGGAGAAGAUCGAGCCUCUUCAAGAUGCCAAAGAAGAGGCCGAGAGAGCCAAGCAGAAGGUGGGCCGCCUUGAGCAGCGCCUCAGCAACCAGGAGCAUCAGCUGAAGUCCAAGUUUGAGUCCGUGGCUGAUCAAGAGAGAGAGGCUCUUGUUAAGAAAAUGAUGAGCGAUUAUGAAGCCAUCAUGCGGGACACUUGGGCGGCUGUACAGCCGGACUCGGACUAUCAGAUUUGGAAAUCCAAAUUUGACAAAGCCAGCAAAGCAUUUGACGCUCGCCUUAUUGAAGAGGCUGAGAAUGCUGAGGCCGAGGAAAGUUCUGGAAUCAUGUCUUCAACUAUCGACAACAAUCUUAUGUUCCUAGAACUUCCCGAUAAGUUAUCAUUUAGCUUGAAUUUGGUAAAAUUCAAGGAAUGGGAAGAGGAACUCUGUUUGACCCUCCGUAAUUGCUACCUAGAGCAUAUCUUGGAUACGCCCAUCCCGAGUUUCUACUCAAAAGGGAUUAUGAGCGAUAUGGCUCAUGAGAAGUGGAGUUAUGAUUGCAAAAGAGUUUCUCAACUCAUGGAAAACUCCAUUCUGGAACAGUGGACGAAGAAAUUCUCCAACUACCUUUCGGAUGUACUUCUCAAGGCUCUAGAAAAUGUGGUCAAUUUGAGGGUAACAAAGAGCGAUAAGGGAAACUAUGAUGGACUCGUGGAAGAAGUUACUAUGUCAUUGUCUAACAAGAGGAUCAAGCCACCGCAAGAUGGAUCCGACGCCUUGAAGAUGGUUGAUCCGGCGAAGACUCUGGCUAAAUCGGCGGCGCUGCUGCGCAAAGAGGCUGCACUUGCCAAGAAAGCAGUCGUCGAUGCAAAAGAGUCUAAGAAAGGCGAGCUGAAGGCAUUAGAGGAUGCUGAUAAGGAAAACGCCCAACUCCGAGCAGACGUUUCCCGCCUUGGGAUUGAGAUCGUCACUCUGCGAAACAAGCAGUCGGACGAGCUCGCCCAAGAGCAAAAGCGGAUGAUGGAGGAGAAUGAGCGAGAUAAUUUAGCCCGGCUAAAUAUCACUUGGAGCCUCCUCUACCCAGAUAUAGACUUUGAAGUCUAUAAACUCAGGUAUGAUUACGCCAUUGAGGUGUAUGAUGCCCAAGUGCUAGGUGAGGCUCCUCCGCCUCGCUUCAAGGAUUGGGCUUCUGAGCAGGGAUAUGAAGUCUCUAAUAAUGAGGAGCCGGCGGCGGAUGAGAAAAAUGAAGGCCAAACGGGCCAAGAUCAUCCAAAUUAG